UACCACGGCGCGAUCGAACCCCUCCCAGUUACUCCCGUGGCUUUUGCCACGAACAUCAGGCAACAUUCUCCAAAUAUGUGAGAGCUCACGUGAAAUAACGAGCAAGAGCGUCACAUCAUAUGUUUGAAUGAUUCCCCGAGGAUGUGAGAAUCACGGAUGCGGCGAUCGAUGAGUGUUUCUGUCGCAGGCUCAAACAGACGAUGAGAGUUGACGAGACCCACAGCUUUUGGUGACGACGCAGUCCCGCUAUGGGGCUCCCGUGAAUGGCCCGGGCGUCGAGUAUGUUGACUGCCUGUCAGCAUGACGCCGUUGGACCUGUGGCUUUCCCGCUCCAUCCCCAUGUGUCUGCUGCUGCAGAGCCUGGUGCUCAUGGUCCUGUGCUUUCCGUCUGCCAGCACCUGUCCCAAGGGUUGCACCUGCCAGCGCUCCGAAAGCCCUCCGCACGGCCUCAACGUCACCUGUAGUCUGUCACGCUUGAAGGAGAUCCCGCCUGACGUCCCGCCGGACACCCAGCUGCUGCAGCUGGACCGAAACCACAUAUCCCUGGUGCCGGAUCGCAUAUUUCAUGGCUUGAGGAUGCUUCGGAGGCUCAAUCUCUCCCAUAAUGCUGUGGAAACCCUCGGAGAGGGGGCGUUUGUCGGAUUGGAGGGCUCUCUGGAAGUGCUGGACCUUUCCCACAACCGGAUCACUAGCGUGCACAAGGACGCGUUCGCACGGCUGAAGGCACGUGUGAUGGUGGACAACAACCCUUGGCAUUGCGACUGCGCCCUGCAGCAGGCGCUGGGCGGCAUGGCGCAUAACCAUGAGGCCGCCACGCGCGUGCUGUGCCGUAGUUCGGAGCUGAGGGACCAGGAGGGCCAGCCGUUCCUGGCCGUGGACGCAGACUUGUGCAACCUGGCCAAGCGGACCACCGACUACGCCAUGUUGGUGACCAUGUUUGGCUGGUUCGCGAUGGUUAUCUCUUAUGUUGUGUACUAUGUACGGCAGAACCAGGAAGACGCAAGACGACACCUUGAGUACCUAAAAUCGCUUCCCAGCAAGCCCAAGAAACCGGAUGAACCGGAGGACAUCAGCACGGUCGUGUGACGUUACGGAGAUCGCACGAUCCCAGAGACUAAAGGCCUGUUCACAUCAAGGAUGAUAACUAUAACGAUAACUAUAAGAGAAUGCGGAAGUUAUCGUAAUAGUUAUCGUUCUUAGCAUGAACGGGUCUUAAACGAGGAUGUUGAUUAAUCUGACGCGAAUCGUAAAUGUCGUCUAGCGUACUUCACCUGUCUUCUCUUUUUCCAAUGUGCUUUCCUGUUUCUGAGUAUGUAUUUAGAACAAUUUGUGAUACACUUCCAACCCUUUGUCCUUACGAGAGAGCGAGAGAGUCUUUUAAACGCGAUGUCUAGGUUGCAUUAAAAAAUCGCAAAGUUGUCCUUUAAAUGUGGUCCAAUCCCACAUUUAGAGCGAGAACUUGUCUUCAGGCACAUUGACACGAGUAAUUUUCUAUUUUAACUAGUCAGUCAGAACAGAUCGUCAAUCAUUAAGCGUCGCUAAUGACCAGUACAGGUAUUUUGAGAAAUCAAAUCUCAGGUGCAAAUGUUGAUAGACUCCAAUGAUUUGUAAAACCCUACGAUGUUUUGAUGCUACCAAGUUUUGUAAGACAAAUGAUAAUCCAGGCAUGUGCACAUUAGCUACAAUCGCAAAUCAUUUUACGACCUUUUAAAAGGCGUGCCGUACCCUUUAUUAGUGAAACAACGGUACAUUUCUUCCAAAGUUCUGAAACUAUUAUUGUGAUCCUGUGCAUUUUUAGGUUUUCGUUUUGUUUUCGCGUUAAAACUCGUGCACAUUCAAUCGUGAAUCGUUGAGUCGUAGAGCACAGCAGUGCUGGUGUGGUGCUUGUCACGUGAUUCUCGGAACCGUAGUCGAGGAACGUAGUUGAUACCUCCAUCCGAGUCUUUUGUCGGUAACGUUACUUGUGAGGCUCUUUGUCGAUGUCGUAACUCACCGUGCGUAAAAAAAGGCUCCCAAGCCCUGUGUUAGUCAUGUGUAAUCUACGAGACGGCCAGUGUGUUUUCGUAAACGUAAGGUUCCUUCCCUGAAACCAAACUCUCGCUUAACAUUUGACAUCCAGGGCAUAAAAUACACAUCCUGGACGAGGAACUUCAGCUUCCCCUUGCGCUGUGGCGGUAAGGCCAUUGGCGCUCAGUGAUAUUAUUGUGUGUGUACAGUAAUUCGGGCUGGUCGCAAGCAGAAAAUUACAGCUGUCACUCUGUUACUGGCCUCAUUCUUUCGGCUGACUGCCGAGUCCAGCAAAGCAAAGCCCUGGGGAGCGCUAGAGGAUAGAAAGACGGCAGGAGAAGAGAGGAAAUGGAAAACAGGAAGCUGGGAACAAGUUCUGGAAGAAAUCAGAGCCCUUAUGAAAACGGAUUGUGGUGGUACCAUGAUAUAGUAAGUUUCAGAUGGCUUUCAUAUAUCAUUGCAUUCACUUGAUCCAAAGAUACUGUGGUAUUUCCAUGAUUACCAUGUCCAAAAGCUGUACUGUGGUGGCGUCCAAAACAAAUGGUAUUAUGUAUUAUGAUGAUACAACCAUGUACUUCUAUUCAGAAUUCGAAAUUUAAAACAUUGGUCAUUGGGGGAAAAAAUGACAUUCAGAAUAUGCUAGUAACAUGUCCACAAAUUGGAAAUACUAUAGUAGUGUCCAUGGUUGUGUCCAAAAAACAUGGUAUUAUAAUGGAUACAACCAGUUAUAUUCAAGAUUGGGGAACCAAAUGUUAAAUUUAAAGCAUUGAUCAUUGGGAAAAAUAUAGCCAAUCUGAAUAUAUUAGUGCCAUAUCCACAAAUUGGAAAUGCUAUGAUAGAUUUUAAUACAAUGUUAGUGGUAUGAUGGAUGCAUAUAUAUAUUCAAGAUUGUGGACAAAAUGUAAAGCAUUGAUCAUUGGGAAAAAUAUCAGAAUACUAGUACCCUGUCCACAAAUUAGAAACACUAUGGUAGUGUUUGAUACCACACUAGUGUCCAAAAACAUGGUAGUAUUAUGGAUGCAACCAUAUAUAUUCAAGAUUGGGGGACAAAAUGUAAAAUGUAAAGCAUUGAUCAUUGGGGAGAAAAUGUGAAUCAGAGAAUGUUAGUGUCCUUAAAUGUCCAAAAAGUGGAAAUACUAUGGUACAGUAGUUUUUAAUACCAUGGCAGUGUCCAAAAAACAUGGUAUUAUGAUGGAUGCAACCAUAUAUAUUCAAGAUUGAGGAACUAAAUGUAAAGCAUUGAUCAUUAAGGUGAAAAAUGCCAAUCAGAGAAUGUUAGUAUCCUUAAAUGUCCAAAAAGUGAAAUACUAUGGUACAGCAGUUUUUAAUAGCAUGGCAGUACCAUGUGCACAAAUUGGAAAUACUGUGGUAGUUUUCAGUACCAUGGUAGUAUCUAAAAAACAUGGUAUGCAACCAUAUAUUCAAGAUUGGAGGACCCAAUGUAAAAUGUAAAGCAUUGAUUAUUGGGGAUACAAUUGCCAUCAGAAUAUUAUUAGUACCAUGUCCACAAAUUGGAAAUACUGUGGUAGUUUUGUGAGUGGAAUGAGCGUUGUUUCUUUAUUGUAACUUCAUCAUUGUGUAUCCAGUGAAGUGCUUUAAAAAAAAAAAAAAAAAUUCCAAGGUUGGUGCCGUUAUAAUAAUGACGUUUGAUCGUGGCUUCAACAUCGGUUCAUCAGAAACAUUAGGAGAACUUUAGAAGAACAUUAGGAGAACCCGACUUCACUGUAGAAAAAGAGCUUGUCGUUUGCAUAGGAAGGUACCUGAAAUCCCUUUAAAGAAUCGUGUUUGAAUGUACUUAUCUAGUCUUUUGCCUUGUCUAACUGCGGUUGUUCUACACACUGUAUUGUGCUGGGAAAGAAAGCCGUUUCUCAAUGCAGACUCCACAGUGAAGCACGCUGUAGCCAAGGACACUGGGGAGAGAUUUUCUAAGUGCCUGAAAUACUCGUCUAUAAGUCUCUCAUUCUUCCAGCUACCGAUAUCUUUGCUUUGAAACAUUUUGUUCGGUCUCGCCUAACUCGAGUCUACAUGGCCUCAAAUGGGAUAUGUCUUUACUGCACAAAAAUAUGGGAAAACGAAUGAAGUUAGCAACUUACUGGAGGUCUUCUAGAGUGGCAUUGUUACGUGAUUUUGUUCUUCCUGUUUUCUUAAGGCCUUUUCACAUGAUUCGUGUCACGGCUUCAAUGCUGUGUGAUGUUUUGUCCUCCACGAGAAAAGAGUUGAAGAUUGUGUCGCUGAAGGGCGAUUUGCCAAGGUUGAAAAAAGUGUGAAAAUAUCUUAUAAUAGAAGCGAAAGUCCUGCCGUUUGCUUAGAUACAUUGGAGAAUCAAAACAAAGACACAUCUAACUUUUUCUCUGAAUGUCAUGAUAUGCAUUUGACGUUCCAGAACCAGAUAUGCACAUCAGUCUAUCUUCCAUCUUGUUUUGAUUUUCACAUUGGAUGCAUAUCUUUGGGAAAUAGUUGGUUGUUGUAUAGAAAGGUCAAAAUCUGCACUGUGGAGCUUCUGUCACUAUAACAAAUUCCUUGUAUGUGUAAACAUACCUGACAAUAAAGCUCGUUCUCAUUCUCAUUCUCAAAUCGAGUGGUGGUCAAGAUUGUUUGACCACACAAUGUGGCACAGCUGUGUCCUAAGCAGGUUAACAUGUAAAUGUGAGGUUUUGUCCAAACCAAACGGAAAUUUCUGGACAUUUUAUUGAUCAGUUGGUUUCACUUUCUGCAUUGUAUUUCUGCAUCAAAUUAACAUCAAAUAUGAUCUAUAAUGCUUGUGAUUGUGUUCCAUUGCGCAACAUUUUUGCAUUCACUGAGGACAGAAAAACUACUUGCUGCACCUGCUCAGGACACAGUUUAAUGCUGUAGUUUGAUGCAUCGGGGAACCAAGCGUGAAUCAUGUGAAAGGGCUUUUGUUGGAAAAAAGUAGAGGAGAGUUGUGGCAUGUGUUUCUUCCUUUGCCAGUUACUUUUAUUUGUUUUGUUUUUUUAAAGUAAUUUCUUCGUCUUUGUGUACAAUUUUUUUGGCUUGGUAUACAUGAAACUGACUUCUGCUUAAAAAAAGUGACGUACCUUGAAGACGCAAAACUGGAGGAGGACCAAUGGUACAUCUCAUUGUAAACGCAUGAUGUAGAGAAAAUGAAAUAAAAGAAUAAUUUACACUGUU